AUGCGCAAGUUCUUCCGGCGCUCCAAAAAGUCCAACAGCGACGUCUCGGCUUCGGCCACCUCGUCGUCAUGGAAGCCCUCCCUCGGCAAGAGCAACAAGCGCAACAGCUACGACGAGAUGGAGCGUGUCAAGUAUCGCAUGUACAACGGCCGCCAGUCCCAGUACUACAACCCGGCUGUCGAGCACAGCAAUGUCCGCGUGCCCUGGCUCGAGCUGCCGCCCCGCGUCCUCGAGCGCAUCUUUGCUUUUGUCUGCCCCCACGCCUCUGACGAGACAUAUGAGAACUGCGAGAGCAGCGCCAUCGAGGACGCCUGCAUGCUCUGUGACCUACGAGACCUCGCCCACGCCGGCGCCGUGUGUCGGGCGUGGCGCAGAUCUGCGCUCAAAGUCAUGUACCACAGCAUACGCAUCGACUCUGUACACUACUGCGAGCGCGAGAUCGAUCUGUCCGAGAAGCGGAAACGGAAAACGAAAUUCGACAAGAACGGAACGCCCGAAGACCCCGCUGCUGCGCGCCUGAGAUUGCUAUGCCGGACUCUUCGUGACGACCCCACACGCCUCGGCGUGCUCGUGCAAUACUUCAAGACCCCAUACAUGAUCCGCGAGGCCAAGUCGUCCGACCUCGCUCGUACGCUCGCGGUCUUGCCGAAUCUCAAAUAUGUCGAUCUUCCAGAAGGGCUUUACCACGACGACCCCGCGUAUCACACUUUGAGGCUGGAAGUACAGGCAAGAUGUCGAGAUCUGCGCAAGAUGACGUUCAACGGCGGCAGCGAGGCGAGCUUGGAAGCCUUGGGCUUUGGCAAUAUCUGGUCGAACCUUGAGGUCUUGGAGCUCGGGCGCAUCCAGAUUGACCCGACAAAGCUGCGGUACACUCUGGCCAUGCUGCCCAACCUGAGAGCGCUGAAAGUUUCUGAAAGCAAGAUCAUCGACGACGACGUGUUCAGAUAUAAUGACGUGCUGCCAGCAUUCCCCCCCUUGGAGGAGCUCAUUUUGAAGAAUGUGCCGCGCCUGACGGCCGAGGGCCUGGUCGACUACCUGUCUCGGGAAGACUCGCAGCAAAGUCUCAGGUUCCUAUUUCUUGAAGCUACAGGUGUGCACCCAGCCACUCUCCACGACGUGCUAGCUGUAGCACAUCGCCUGGAAACGCUUUCAGUAGUUGAGCAGGUCGAGACUGGGUUCCCAACUCAGUCUACGCCGACACCGCCCUUGACUAACUGGGCGCUGCGCACUCUGCGCUAUGAGAUCACCGCGUCGCCUAGCGUAGGCCCCUACGCCAACGUGACGGCCGGCUAUUACCACUACCUCGCCAGCUCGCUUUUUGCGGGCGGCAUGCCGAUGCUCUCUGCUGUAUAUGUCCGCGACCAGAGCUUCCCAGACCUGCUGAUCGGCUUGCCACCACCAGUACCGGGCUUUGGUGGUCCCGGGCAGCGACCGAGCAGCUCUUCAAGCAUGAAGAUGUUCAACGGAGGCAGCCUCGGAGGUAGCCCAGGUAGCCCAGGCAGCCCCCCUGGAGGGUUUGGGCUGUCACCAUCCGGACAGAUGCAACAGUCACGAUUUAGUUCCAACAACCCGUUUGCAGCGCCAGCGCCACCUUUUGGCGGCCGAAGCGGUGGUGGCGGAGGCUUCCCUGGCGGACCGCCCAUGCUGAGUCUGAGCCAGCCGCUCGAGAUUUACACGAAGGGCGAGGACGACUUCGACUGGGCAACGACAAGGAUGGACCCAAUCGACGCGGACGGUGGUCGCGGGCGAAGGGGUCGUGGACACAACCGGAGUGCUAGCUCCACUAGCGGGCGGCCCAUGAGCUCAUACGGCCUGGCAGACAUUGGUCAAGGCUGGUCGAACGGUGCGGGCGCGCGGAUGAGCGUCGUGGUGGGCAAUGGCGCCGGGGGGUUCUUGGCCGUGCCUGCAGGCGGAGGGGACAACAAGGCGACUGGCGCCAACGGCCGGAGGGGCUCGUCGACGAGCCAGAUGGGGCCCGGGGCGGCCGCAGCGUCUCCCGGGCGAGAGGACUUUUGGCCGCGGCCGACUAGCAGUUCUGGCCGUGGCACUCGUGAUCUAUGGAGAUGA